UCCUCCUAAACGGGUAUUCGAGGAGGGGAGGGGGCUUGUCUGCGAGAAAACCAUCCGCAUUCCAUCAUGUAAUCGUGUCAAUUCUUGAUUGGCUCCAGCAAUACUGAGUGGCACUUUAUGAGCGAACACAACAGUGUUCCCUCCCCCAUUUGUGAGUAAGACAUCUACUGAUAACAGCUUUAUUAGGCCGGGAGCGAAAACCAAAAGAGAUGAAGACAGCAUCAGUUACUUCGCUCGUAUUCUUCCUCUGCAGCUUUUUUAUCAGCAGUCAAGCCCACCUAAGAGAAAAAAGAAGCUCCCAAGUACCCGCUUCUGAGAUCACAGUAACCCUGAAGAUUUACUGGAAUGUCAGCGUCGUUAAUAAAGAAGUACCAGCCAGUUACGUCACAAAAGUGCCGAACGGAACCGUGUUGGUGGACAUCCUUAACAAAGCAGCAGCGGACAACAAACAAGGGCCUUUCAACAAAUACGACAGCACGUACUAUGGAGGUACUGGGUAUUAUAUAACAGCCAUGAAUGGAACACAGCAAAACUCUACUACGGGUAAUUACUGGUUCCUUUUUGACCAGCAAAGCGGAGGAGCUCUUCCAUGUGGAGUGAGUUCGUAUGUUCCUAUAAAUCAGUCUACCACCAUUUUCAACUAUACGACUUACUCAAGUCAUGGCGAGAACGUGACUGGUUAUUGCAAGCAAUUCCCCUCUUCUGGAGAGGUACCGCCCUCUGCAAUCACAGUUACGCUUGAAAUAGACUGGAAUGUUACCAUCGUUGAUAAACCGAUUCCUGCUCCAUACACCACGCAGGUUGCAAAGGGCACCGUGCUGGUGGACAUUAUGAACAAGGCCGCCAACGAAAAUACAAAUGGUCCUUACAACAGGUGGACUUCAACCUAUUACGGUGGGCUCGGACAUUUCAUUACUUCCAUGAACGGUACUGAACAGGAUCCCAGUACAGACACAUAUUGGAUGAUUUACGAUAAAGCGACUGGAAAACCCACUCCACUCGGAGUGGAUUCGUACAAGCCACAGGAUGAUUCAACCACGAUCUUUAGGCUUGUGACAGGGGCCAGUCACGAAGAAGGAACAAACAGUCCUACUCUACAGGAGCCCAGCUCUAGCCCGGGAAAACUUGUUGGAGUGGGCCUGGUUACCCUUUGCCUUCUGACGGUUAUCGAAGCGUUGCUGUUAUUGUAACUCCAUCCGGGAACUCUAGCAGCAUUAUCAACCAAGCUACAAAGUUGUAAUGUGUUUUAUUAAGCACAGCGUUCACUGCACUGCAUUUAGUAUUAGAUCUUAUAGGCUAACUAAGUCAUAUUAAGAGUAGUAAUAUGGUUACUUUUAAUCUGUGCAACUAGCCUUGGAUUUUACUCUGAAAGCACGAUUUCAAACAGUUGUGAUAAGUACUUUCAAUUGUAAUCAAAGAGCACAUUUAGCAAAGAGGAAGUCAAUAACUACUUCCCUUAUUAGGGCGGUUUUUUCCAAACUAAAACAAUCCAAUUGCAAUGACCAAUGAAAGCAAGGGUCAACAGUACAAUGAAGCAAUGAGAACUCGAAGCAGAUACACGUAAUUGGCGCGCGCGGGAAAACUGAACGCAGGUGUCCAAGUCGUGAUUGGUCUUGUUUUGCAUCUGAUCGUAACCUCAAAUUGUUAAUUUACCUUUACGACUUCCUUGUUUGUUACCUCAUGAGAGCUUGAUGGUGCCUCAAAGUAGUGACCUUUUUUAUUCUGUAGAGAGGCAUGGUCCAUGGCGACGUUUUAUGCGCAUAGUUUAAAAACAGCAAGAAUUAUCAGACUCACUAAAUUGGCACUAAACACUCAGUUCUUUCAAGACGGAUUAAAGCUCAUAGCUUGUACCGAUGAAGUAUGUGUAAUCAUGAAGAGGCAUAAUUCGUCAGAUGCCUGCUAUUACACUCGUAGACAAAUUCAUUACCCGUCUCAACCAAGUUCGUCUCAUAGUUGACUGGGCACUAGGUAGCUCGUCUUCAGGUAUAACCUGUCUUGUGCCCGUCUUUCUACCGAGACACCUAAUUCACGCA